AUGUCUACCGAAAAGAAGCCCCCAAUCACCUGCCACGUCCUGGACACCUCCCUCGGCCGCCCCGCCGCCUCCAUCCCCGUCACCCUCACGCUUCACAACCCACCCUCCUCGUUGUCCCAAUCCGGUCUCACCUUCAGCGGCACAACAAAUUCCGACGGCCGCGUAACAUCAUGGAAACCGUCAUCACCGUUCAGUGCCGACGGGCUGGAGGUCAUCUUCAAGCGUGAGGGCGAUCAAAGAUACAGCUUGACUUUUGACACGGAGAGUUACUUCGGGGAGAAGGGGGUUAAGACGUUUUUUCCGGAGGUGGAGGUUAAGUUUGUGGUCAGGGACGGCGCCAAGGCACCUUCCCCACCCUUCCCAUCUGCUCCUUCUGCCUCCGGCCAGCCCAAACACCUGGAUCCUCCUCCCUCCCCACCUACCAGCCCCGUCCCAUCCGACAUCCCCGACUUCGACAACGCGCCCCCGCCCUUCGAUUUCUUCUUCCCACGCCUGGAACUCACACUCCACCACCUCCAAAAGCACAACCCCAUCCUGAACGAACAUGACGUGCACGUCGUACUAGCUGCCUACGUCCGCAUAGCCUUCGACGCCCUCUCUGCGUACCGGUACGUCAGGCCAUGGCUGUCGGAGGAGCUACGUAGUUCUACCCGCGACAUGGAGUGGGCGAUGGACCACGCGGAGGAGGCUUUCAGGGCGACGUGGGACGCGACGCCGGUGUCGCUGCGGAUGUUCGUGGAGGAGAUUGACUUUCAGUUAAUCUUCGAGGGGCUGGUGGAGGAGAUCUUCCCUGCGGCAAGGGAGAAUAUCGCGGAGGAGUAUCUGGGCUCGCGGGUGUUUUUGUGGGUGUAUGCGACUGCUACGGAUGAUGUCCCUGGGUGCGGUAUUAGUAAAGAGGUGUUGGAGAGUUGGGUAGGAGGCGGUAAUGUGAGCGCGCGGACGAGGGACUUUUGGCCGCUGUGCUGUUCUAGUGAGAUUGACUGGGCGGCGCUCGAGCAGGAGGAGGAUGAAUACGAGUUGGUGGAGGACUUUGAGGGGCUGGAUGUCUUCGUUGACCGGGUGAAAGUCGAUAUCAGUCAGCACUCGACGCCGUACGUGCCUGUCAGCGGCGCGUCACUAACGAAAUGCGUGAUUUGUCUGGACGAGGACGAGCAAGGUGGCUUUGUGGCUCUGGACCUAUGUGGACACGUGUACCACGGCGAGUGCUUCGAGGAGUGGGCGAAUGCUGGAUCCCGCGAAGUGUCAUGUCCGCUCUGCAGGAUAAUCGUCUGCGAAAGGGAAAGACUCCCGCAGUCGGCUUCCGACCUCAUCGAAAGCCUUAGGGGGGAUGAAGAGUUCUUUGGAAACUUCAGGCUGGUUGAAGACGACGACCAUGAGGAAGAUUCCUCAGCAUCCUCUUCAACACAUGCCCCCCGGAGUGACGCUUGGGCUGACGACUCACCGCCCACUCUGCUCCAUAAUUUUGAACCAGCUGUGGAUGCCGCACCCGACGAAGACGGCACAGAGUUCGAACAUCUCGCCGCAACGGAGACCAGUGCCGCUGCGAUCCGUCAAGUCACAUCCUUCUUGACGGACCUGAGGUCCCGCAUUCGAAUACUGCAGGGCGACAGAGCCGUCGAGCAAGCGCUGGAUGCAAGGAUCAAGGCGAACGCGACAGCCUCGAUGCACGCCAUGGUGUUGCUGAUAAGCAUGGGCGUCAAUAUUCGGGAGACGUGGCCAGACUGGGACGUUACCUGUGGAGAAGGAAUGAGGGGCCUCGAGGACGUAGAGGAGUCGAAUGACGAUGAGAAUAUAUGA